AGUAAAUUUAUUGUUUUACAGAUGGAGGCUGUUGGAUAUUUUCUGAUAUUUCCAUGUUUCCUGAUCAUGAUAAAAGGACAAUGCUGGAGUAAUGGCACCUGUGAGUGUCACUGUGUAGACUGUAACAAAACCUGUACAGAAUGUUCGCCUGGAUGGAGUGGUUCUACUGUAAACAAAUGUCAAAGAGCUAACACUUUGUUUCAAAUUCUUGGCGAAAACGAAGGGAAUUCUCAGACACUGGAUGGUAAUCUUAACACUUCUGUUGAUGUGUUUAACGCUAAUCCAUAUGUGAGAAUCCAAUUACAGAGGUCGACGGAAAUUGAUAAAAUAGACAUCACCCUCCAACUUAGGCGUGGUGCAGUUUACACAUUGUAUGUUAAAGAAACGGAGCAUUACCGUGCCCCUGAUGCUAUUUGCGAUACAUGGAUACAUAAUGACACUGAUACAAAGAGAACAAUAUCAAUGAUCUGCAGAAAACCUGUCAAAGGAAGAAUUAUAGAAAUAGUAUCUCCAAACAACACAGAACUCGAAGUGUUUGAAUUUCAACGUUUCGAAUGCACGGAUGGAUCUUAUGGGGAAAAAUGCAGCAACAUGUGUCCAACAGGCUGUGACAAAGCGUGUGACAAAGUUUCUGGCAGUUGUGUUUGUCGCAGGGGUUUCUAUGGAACGUCUUGUAAGAACAGUUGUCCUCAGUCCUUUAAUGAAAGAGGAUGUAAUCUGCAUACAGGCGAUUGCUUUGAAUGUAAGAAAGGCUUCUUUGGUAAUCGAUGUGAAAUAAAUUGUUCGUUGGGUUGUCUUGAACGUUGUAAUAUGACGACCGGAUAUUGUAAAUGUAAAACAGGUUUCUUCAAAGAAAACUGCUCCAUGUCUUGUCCAGCAAGUUGUUUAAACAAUAAAUGCGACCAAAAUACAGGAGAAUGUCUGUCAUGCAGUAAUGGUUAUUAUGGAAGUACCUGUAAUAAAACUUGCCUUGGAAAAUGUCAAAGCGGUUGCGAAAAAUUGACUGGGGUGUGUGUUAACUGCAUAGAUAACAUUUAUGGUCAUUUCUGCAAUCUCACAUGUCCACAAAAUUGUGCUGGGGAAUCAUGUGUUAGGAAUGGAAACUGUGAGCAAUGCAAGAGAGGAUACAGUGGUUCUAAAUGCAAUGAAACGUGUCCAAAUAAUUGUAAUUGGUGUAGUCAAGAUGGAUACAGUUGUGGAACUUGUAAAGAUGGAUAUUUCGGUGUAACAUGUGCUAAAAUGUGCCCUUCUUCGUGUGGAGGAAAUGGAUCUUGCGAUAUUCAAUCAGGUUACUGUCAAACAUGUUCUUCUAAACUUCAUGGCAACUUUUGUGAAUACACUUGUAGUAAAUAUUGUGAUUCACCUGGAAAAUGUGAUCAAUAUACUGGAGAGUGUAAAAGUUGUGUUCCAGGUAGAUAUGGACGAAAAUGCUUAAACGAGUGCAGCGCAAACUGUCUUAAUGUCACCUGUUUCAGCAAUCAGACGUGUGUUCAUGGGUGUAAAGAUGGAUGGUUUGGUGAGCAGUGUAAGCAUGACUGCAGUGUUGUUACGGGAGGCUGUGCACACUGUGGUUUCAUAGAAGGAAAUGAUGAAGUAAAAUGUCUGAGAUGUGAGGAUUCUUGGUUCCUAAAUGAAGCAGAAUGUUUCCAGUGUCCCGAAAACUGUUCAUCGUGUUUAUCAAAUAACCUGUGCACACAAUGUAAAAAUAAUCUAUUCUAUGGUACAAUGUGUGAAAAGCGAUGUCACGAUGGCUGCAUACGUAAUGAAUGUGAUGUGAAUGGAAAAUGUUUGUAUGGAUGUUCUAACGGUAAAUAUGGCACUGAAUGUGAGCAGGAAUGUCCCAAGGCUUGUGGCUACAAUGCUUAUAUUUGUUUGGAGAGUAAUGAAACAAAAUGUCAGUUAUGUUUUUCAUGCGACUGCAGCAAAAACUAUACUUCAGUCAUCAGAGGUAAGAAUUUUACAAUCUUUGAUAAACACUACAAGAUUAUUUUAAUAGAUGACGCAAUUAAUAUACAAGUGUGUCAAUGUUCUUUUCUUUUAAAAUUUAAACAUUCUUGAAAACUUAAGAAGAAAAUUACCCAAAGCAUAUUUGAUAGGAUGAAAAUUUUCUGUAUAAUAUCAUGACAGACAUGCUAGCAUUUCACACGGAAAAACCCGUAUAAUAACAAACUUGUUUUAUCUGAAAAUGUUUGAAUUUACGAAUUUCGGGACGCGUUUAAUUAAUUCGCACUAUUCCUUGCAUUUUUACAAUGUAAACUUUAUCCUUACUAUUUAAAAAUAGAAAAAAAAAUAAUAAGAAAUAUUAAAACUAUCAUCAAGAAAAUUCAAUUUGGAAAUGUGUGAGAGCAAAAGCCAGCUACAAUGUAGCUAGUAUUUUCAAUUCGUGUUCAGAUAUACGUGAAGAGUUUAACAAAUUGAAAAACAUCCGGAAUACAUAAAAUGUUUAAAU